AUGUCUCUCCCUUCUGAACAAGAUGGAUCUCUCAAUGCACUUCAGUCUGAUGUGGAUGAUUCCAUUGACUUGAAUCAGUUUGACGAGGGCUACAUGAACGUUUCUGAAGAAGCAUACUUUCUCAAUGCGACCGAUGAAGAGUACAUGACAAACGACUGGAGCAUCAGUCAGGAUCCUGAUCUCGAAGAGUGUCCUGUUUAUGCGAGUUUCUCGGGAGAGCCGUACAGAGAAUGCAUCAUUUACAAUCAGUUAUCGGCAAACGACCCUCAAACAACCAUUCCUCCUAGUGUGGAUUCCAGCUACAGCUCUGGUUUUGUGCAAGCAUUGUGCAGAUCAGUCAGACAAGUCGAUGAAGCAUUUCUAGUCAAUGUUGUGAUGCAACUUAAUGCCCAGCAGCCUACAUUCAGUUCAGUAAUAGAUCACAACGCUUGUGCAUUAGAAGGAGGAAGAAACAGCGAGCAAGAGACCGAACAAGCCAGACACGAGCAGCUUCUCAUGGGUGAAGAUGUACCCCUCCACCACCACCAAGUGCAACUUAACAAGCUUGAAUUGAUCGAAUCAGAAGAGAUACAAAGAAUCACUGGCAGUGCCUUCAACAGCGAAGAUCACAUCAAUGAGAGACUCGGUAGUUCAAAGCAUGAUCUGUCUGGCAAUGAUAAACCUUUCAUGUUUGAGGACGACCUCGACGGCAAGGAUUUCUCUUCAUGGCUACUAUACGGUAGCGACGAUGAUAUGGCGGCCUUCAAGGAUGUGCUAAGCGAGAAUGCCUCUGGAGACAAACCUCAGUCUACUGUUCGCACCCACACCAAGAGUAGCUCAAUCGAUACACCUACUGCAAACCUCCAUGAUGACAACCAUGACAAAAGCACUAAAGAGCAUACGGUACCUGGAUCAGGAUCUCAAGCAAACAAAGCUUCUUUGGAUAAAAAGUGUAAAAGCGACAUCGUAGAUAAUUCAGAAAAAGAGCCUGCGCAUCGAUGCAGCUCUAAAUUACUGAGUAACUUGGGCCCAAUGCAAUGCAAUAGCUCUAAUAAUCAACCACGACGACAGUCUCCUGUACUUGACACUAACGGCCCCUCUGAUGCUGGUUUCAGUUUUCGAGACGCUAUCGUCCGCACAAGCACACCCGACAACAGCGCAAGACAUUCGUUUAUUGUAGGCAAUCAUGCAAAUAGAGAAUCUUCUCCCAUCAAGGAAAUCAAAAGAUCGAAAUACUUUUUUCGUGAUCAUCGCAAUGCAUCAAAUGUUAGAAAAGCUGCUAAGCCAACAAAAUAA